AUGUUUACUUUAACAAAGCUGGUAUACAUCUCGUGCAAUGGGGAAGAAAGGUCGGCCUACAACAAUUUGGAAACGUUAGAAAUAAGCGUUAGGCCAUGUUGCCUAUUGUUGAUACUCUACCUUAGGGCAGAAAAUGCUAAUUAUGAAGUUACCGAUGACGAUCAAAUGUUUAUUGCGGCCCAUCAAUCAAUCAGUGAAGAGGCCGCAACAAGUGGACACGUUCAAUGUUUGGCGUUUGCGGAAGACCACGUGUUCCCUUGGACACGUGCGAUAUGUGUCCUGUCCGCAGCCAACAGUCAGCUGGCAUGCCUGCGCUACGCCCACGAAAACGGCUGUCCGUGGUACUACACGACGUGCGAAGCGGCUGCGGCUGGUGGCCACCUCGACUGUUUGAAGUACGCCCACGACAACGGAUGUCCGUGGGAUUACAUAACGUGCGAGGUGGCCGCAGCUGGAGGCCACCUCAAAUGUCUACAGUACGCCCACGAAAACGGCUGUCUGUGGGCCUACAUGACGUGUGAGGCGGCUGCAGCCGGUGGCCAUCUCGAAUGUUUGAAGUACUCCCAUGAAAACGGAUGUGAGUGGAACUUCACGACGUGCGAGUUGGCCGCAGCUGGAGGCCACCUCAACUGUUUAAAAUACGCACACGAAAACGGCUGUAUGUGGGCCAGCACGACGUGCGAGGCGGCUGCAGCUGGUGGCCACCUCGACUGUCUGGAGUACGCCCAUGACAAUGGAUGUCUGUGUGAGGUGGCUGCGAUUGGAGGCAACUUCGACUGUCUAGAGUGGUGGUGA